UAAGCGCACAAUAUUUAGUUAUAUAUGUGUCUCUAUGUAUAAACUAUUCAACAGAGAGACUUGUCUUCAAGUGUACCAGUGAACACAGAGUAAUUGUAACUACGUAGUCAUAGCUGCAUAUAUCCUAUAUAAUUCAUGAUCCUGAAACAAACACACACGAUGAUACUGUAUCACAUCAUAGGCGUUUUAUUGUUGGCCAGUGUUUGGUGUCAAGCAUGUCCAUCUGGUUGUACUUGUCGAGAUGCCACAGCGGAUUGUUAUGGAAAGCUACCAAGGAUGUCCCAAUUUCAACAACAAACAAUAGAUAUCUCUAUUCACGACGUGGAAACAGAUGAAAUCCCAGAGAACACAUUCGCAGAUCUGAAGAAUCGUAAUAGAAUAAACUUAUACAAUAUGAAAAUUAGGAAAAUAAAAUACGGCGCCUUUAAGAAUAUCGAGAACAUCAAGGGAAUCAACCUCUAUUCCUCCACAAUCGGCACCAUAGAGACAAAUGCCUUUACGGACAUUCGAAACCUGUCGGUGCUUUCGAUUUACAGCACGAAUAUCACAACCAUCGAACCAUACGCUUUCAAUCGCAUCAGGGAUUUAGGAAGAUUUGCAAUUUAUGAUGUGAAAAUCGACAGUAUAAAAACUCAAGCUUUCGCGAAUUUCUAUCGUUUAAAUUUGUUUACGAUAUAUUCCUCAAGUCUAGACUUAAUCCAAAAUAACACAUUUUAUAAAUUUCUAAAUAUAAAAAAGAUAACGUUUUACGAUAAUACGGUUGGCGAACUUCAGUGUAAUAGCCUCGACAUUUUAAAGAAAUUAAACGGAAGCGACGUUAAUUAUUACAGUAAUCGUCUAACGUGUGACUGUAAAUUAUCCUGGUUUGUCCAUGCCGUCAUUGAAAACCCUAGGAGAUAUGGCAACGAUGAUGGAAAUGUUUGCAAUGCUCCACAGAAAUAUAAAAACAGAGGCCUGGUAUCUGUUGCUCUAGAAAUCUCAAGCUGUCCGGGUCAGAAACAAGCAUGCCCGUCAGUUACCGACCUGGAAGGGAAAAGAGAUACCGACAAUAGCGCGAAUGUAGGUGACAACGGGGGAUCAAGCGCUGAUAGUUUAUUCAACCUCCAACCCUUUCUUAUCACAUCUCUGCUUGUUAUUACGUUCCUCUAGUUAUAGUUAUACAAUACUUAUUAUAAACGAUACUUACAGCUGCUGGUCGUCAGUUGAAAUGAAAUGAUAUGAAAUGAGGUUUAACGUUCUACUCCUGCACUGUCCACUCCUAUACUGGGAUAAUGAAAACGGGUAUACGCCAUACUCUUAUCAAAUUCCAACUGCCAAGGGAUAUUUUACGUGCACGCCCAUCUAUACACGAGGCUUCGAUUUUUCGUACCAUUCGAACCACUAGACAGCUGUCCUUGUCAGGCCCUCCGACAAGUGGAAACCACGUCUGGACAAUCCUGAUGAACCUUCUCGGCUAAUUCAGGGAUCGAACAUGCGACGUCCAGGCUAGCGAGCCGGCGUCUUACUAACUUAGCCACCGUGGCUCAAUCGCCAUUUGAAUUUGUAUAAACGGGCAAUGUCUAAUUUUCACGACUUGAUUUACGCUAAAAUAAACAAAUUGGUAAUUCAACAUUUACAUAAGAAAACAAACUAUAUUUAAUCACCCGGCUUGUGUUCAGUCGGAUAAAAGAUGCGCACGAAAAUAUUUCAACGAAAAGUAUAGGGCCUGGCACGUUACAGCCUAUAGGUCGUUAGGAUGGACGAAAAACCGAAAUCCCGUGUACACAUCGGUGUGCACGUAAAAGAUCCCUUGGCAUUUGGAAUUCUAUAUAGGAGUAGGUGGUAGCGCAGACUUUCCCUUGUAGCACAUCGUAUGGAGUAUGCCAGUCUUCAUUAGACGAGUCGGAGUAAAACCUAAAACAUUUAUCCCCAUUUCAGUUUGAUUUCAUAAUGCUACGUUCCCACUAUAACGGUUCGCGCUACGAUUAAAAUCUAAACUUACGGUAUCUGUUUACAACUAGCUCCGCUUGAGAACAGACACUAAGCUAGUAGACAUACUAUGACGGGCGGAUGCGGUCACAAUGGGCCAUUUAUAUGACUUACUAAUUCCAUUUAUAUGACUUACUAAUUCCAUUUAUAUGACUUACUAAUUCCAUUUAUAAAGCUUUAUAAUUAAUUACUUACUUAGGCACGUGUGGACGCUGAAACCCAUCGAAAUGGGUGACUGAAUUGAAUAUUAUUUUCAUAGUUUGAUAAAUGAUUAUGAAACUACGUAAUUAUUUAUCAAGUCUUAUAAAUCCAUUUAUAUAACUUAGCAAAUAAUCGGCAAUCUCCGUACUCCUUCGUUGAGUCGGCCAAUUGGCCAAUCAAAUCCCUCGUUACAUAUAGCGGUGUUUUACCUUUCAUGGCGGCUAUUGUAAACAUAAAAUGACGAGAAUAAGUUUUAUGCAUGUUUUAGUUAUCCUAGCGUCAAUUUACUUUGCUAAGGUCACCGCUCCCCCUCCACCCACCGACCGGGGUAGUUCUUUUCACAAUUUCUUGCGAGUUUGCCGAAAUAUCGUGUCGGAUGUUGUGCGGCACGCGUGGGCCCAAGCCCUUGAAGACAACAUACCCUCAUCCUGACCAUGGUCAUCUUCUGCAGGAAGAUUAGUGCGUCCGAAUUCCAUUAAAGGAAAAAAUGCACGAAUAAAAUGAUGUAGGCCCUAUGACACCGACGCACACAACUCGAAAACCGCGGACGGGAGUGGGAGGGGCUUGCCAUUCAGUAAGACGACCUGUGAUUGGCUGGCCGAAGCAUCCUCGGGAAUUUCCGGGCAGAUGUACGAACUUUCCCGAAUAUUUAGUUCGUUAGAUAAUUCAUUUAUAAGACUUAGAAAAUAGAUUUAUAUAGCUACCAUAUUAUUUACAAGACUUUAUAAAUCAUUUAUCAAGCUAUGAAAAUAAUAUUCAAUUCAGUCACACGCUUCGAGGGGUUUCAGCGUUCGCACGUGCCUAAGUAAGUAAUUAAUUAUAAAGCUUUAUAAAUGGAAUUAGUAAGUCAUAUAAAUGGAAUUAGUAAGUCAUAUAAAUGGCCCAUUGUGACCGCAUCCGCCCGUCAUAGUAGAAUGACAUUUUAAGUCCUAAAUUAACGAUUUUAGUUGAAAACACUAAGUAUAUUUCGAGGAUUUUGAUAAGUAUAUAUUCUGAUUUCAUUUAAUAAAACUGAAAAUGUUUAAUUAGGCUUUUUGUGUAAUAACAGAACCGUAAUACAAAACAGUAAACUAAUUGUUGGAUAUGGUGGCCGUUUUGGGCCGAGAUCUAUUCUCAAAGUAAAGUAGAUAGUUCUCUGUGUGCAGAACUAUAUACCGGAAAACACCGGAAAACUACCGGAAAACACCAUGUUAUACCGAAUACCGGAAAACACCGGAAAACACUAAAUACCGGAAACACACUAAAUACUGAAAACAUCAUAAAUAGGUAACCCAGAGUCUGGUUCUCUGUUUGCGGGAAGUUAGGGUUAGGGUUAGGGUUAGGUUUUUCCGGUGUUUUCUAGAGAACCAGGCUCCGAGUUACCUAUUAAGAGUGUUUUCUGGUAUUUAAUGUUUUUCCGGUGUUUUCCGGUAUUCAGUAUAACAUGGUGUUUUUCCUGUGUUUUCCGGUAUAUAGUAUAGCCCCUUUUUUGAUCUCAUGUGCUGCGUUAAACUUGGCCCUUGUCAUCCGGACUCACAUUUGCGCACACUUCUAAAUCAUCGAACGAUUGAAAACGCUAAAACUGUUCUACCAAAUGACAACAGGCAUUUCUUUAGCAUUUUACAAAAUAUAUACUUUAUUAUGUUUUAUAUUAUUUGAUUUUAAAUAACCAAUUGUUACAAAGCAUUAAACAUACAUUAUGCAAGAGCUAAAUCUGCCUAUUGCAGGUCUUUCUUUAGGCCUGAAAUGUUAUCUUAAUCAUUAAUUAGACAUUAAUUAACUUAUCAAGACCAUAAUCAACUCCCGAGGGCAUCGCCAGGCUGUGAUGUUUAUUGUAUUAGGUUUCGAUUUGCUGUUCGACUUCCAUUAUCAUAAUUAAAUCAUGAAAUGGAUAAUGGAGAGUAUUUGUUUUCCUACCGAUUUUAGUAAUGAUGAUCGAGGCUAGGUCGAAAAUUCAAUCGCUAACAUAUCGGUUCAUAGUGGAUCAAUUUGACAGAAAUUUUCAGCAAAUUCUCUUUACAUUAUCUAAUUUUUAACUAUUAUAGUGAGAACUGCCAGCUCUUUAUCUAAUCUCCCAUAAUGUAUCUUUAACAAGGGCAAAUUUUUGAUUUAGGGUCCUGGGCCCCCAAAAAAGGCCCAGCAUUCAAGUGCUAUAUCUAAGCCGUUCAUGAUAUUUUCUAGACAGAGUCGAACGGAUUAUCGUAUAUGUAUAAGAUAUCUGCUAUUUAUAUCUAUUUUUAUAUAUGUAUGUUAUUAUCGUAUAUGUAUAAGAUAUCUGCUAUAUAUAUAUAUUUUUUAUUUAUGUAUAUGUAUGUUAUAUGCUUUGUAAAUAUUGAACGUUAUGCUAAAUAAACAUUAGCCAUUUUAUUUAUAUUGGUAACGGAGAAGAAUUUGGUUAUGAAGAUUUUCCAGAAAGUAUUAUUUUAUAUCCAUACGAUAUCUGCUAUUUAUAUAUGUUUUUGUUAUUUAUGUAUAUGUAUGUUAUAUAUAUGCUUUGUAAAUAUUGAACGUUAUGCUAAAUAAAUGAUAGCCAUUGAUAA